UACGGCACUGGUAAAAGGCUAGAGAGAAAGCAGAAGCCAAGAAUCUUUCUUUUUUCCCUCGGAGGCGGAGCAGAGAUCAGAGUAGGAUCCAGCGAUGGCGGAAGAUCUGGUUCUAGACACGGCGAUCAGAGAUUGGGUGCUGAUACCCCUCUCGGUAGUGAUGGUCCUCAUUGGCGUCCUCCGCUACUUUGUCUCCAAGCUUAUGCGCUCCUUUCAAGUUCCCGAUCCUAAGAUCGUCAAAGAAGGGCAAGUAAUCGUUAGGGCUCGGAAUCUACGAGGUGCUGCAAAUUUUAUCCCUCCCAAGUCUUUUCGAUCUCGUAGGGUUUAUUUCAGCAAUGAGGAAAAUGGAUUACUGUUUGUCCCCAAGGGCCAGGCUCAGAAUGCACAAGCACAAAUGUUCUCUGACCCUAACAUGGCUAUGGACAUGAUGAAGAAAAACCUGUCUAUGAUUAUACCUCAGACUCUCACUUUUGCCUGGGUCAACUUUUUCUUCUCUGGAUUUGUUGCAGCCAAAAUACCCUUCCCAUUAACCCAAAGGUUCAGAUCAAUGUUGCAGAAUGGAAUUGACCUUAGCACAGUUGAUGUGAGCUAUGUUAGUAGCCGCUCAUGGUAUUUUCUCAAUUUGUUUGGUUUGAGGGGUUUAUUUAGUCUGAUUUUGGGAGAGGAAAAUGCAAUGGAUGACACACAGCGAAUGAUGCAGAUGGGUGGAUUUGGCUUUGAUCCAUCAAAGAGCCUUAGUGCUGAAAAAGAUGGUCUUGACAUAGUCCAGCACGAUUGGGCACUCCCUAAAUUCGAGCAUCGAGCUGAAGCAGUAUUGAAAAAACUCGUCAGCUGAACAUCAGGACCAUAUGAACAGCUACUGGUAUAAGUUUUCGUCUUACAAGCUGGUCCAUAUUCCAGUUCUAGAGAAGCAAAGAGGAAAAUUCCACCCUUCCAAUUAUUUUAGGCUCUUGUUAAUUUUAUGUCGAAUCUAAAUAAUUUUUAUUUAAAUUUUGAUUGUUCUCUUCAAAAUUUGGUUCAAUUUCAAUUCAAACCUAAGAUAACAUUAA